GGUUUUAAAACAGAAUAGAUUAAAUUAUUUAUGAUUGAGAAAAUCCUGAAAAGAACCCUGGAAAUACCCCGAACAAAAUUUAAUACAAUAAUUAUUGUACAUAGUUUAAAAUUGUUGUCGUUUGUACGUUUUGUACGCAACUUUGUACGUCUUUAACAUGAACACGUAGCAAUACUAAGAUGUGGUCUAUUGUAAUUUUGUUGUUAUUGUCUUUCUUAGCAUAUGUAGGAACCAUUAGAUUAAUACCACAAUUAGGAGAUCUUUUUAUAAAAGCAGGUCUAUAUGGAGUAGAUUUGUGUAAGGUAUCGAAAGAGAAAAUCCCAGAAGCAUUGGGAGUCGUAUCAGGAUGUGUCUUUUUAGUUGUGAGCUUCUUGUUUAUUCCAAUAGUUUUUGGAUACAAUUUAAUGGAUAGAGAAACUUUUCCUCACAGUGAGUUUGCAGAAUUACUAGCAGCUUUGUUGUCAAUAUGCUGUAUGCUGUUAUUGGGAUUUGCAGAUGAUGUUUUAGAUUUGAGAUGGAGGUACAAACUUCUUUUGCCAACUGUAGCAUCCUUGCCGUUAUUGGUUGUAUAUUAUGUCAAUUUUAACUCCACAACUUUUAUAGUACCUCUACCACUAAGACAAUUUUUUGGAGUCUCAGUUAACAUAGGUCCACUUUAUUAUAUCUAUAUGGGGAUGUUGGCAGUUUUCUGCACAAAUGCCAUCAAUAUACUAGCUGGUAUUAAUGGUCUGGAAGUGGGACAAUCAGUUGUUAUUGCUAUUUCUAUAGUAAUUUUUAAUGUAAUAGAGUUAAGAGGAGAUCAAUUCAAGGCACAUUGCUUCUCUCUUUAUAUAAUGCUUCCAUAUAUUGCCACAACAUUAGCUUUGCUACAAUACAAUUGGUAUCCAUCAAAAGUGUUUGUUGGUGAUACAUUUUGUUAUGUAUCUGGCAUGACCUUUGCAGUUGUGGGCAUACUGAGUCACUUCAGUAAAACUGUUCUGUUAUUUUUCCUGCCACAAAUUAUUAACUUUUUGUACUCUGUGCCCCAGUUAUUUCACAUUAUACCGUGCCCUAGACAUCGUUUACCAAAAUAUAGCCCAGAAACUAAUUUAUUGCAAGCCAGUAAAACUGUCAUAUCAAAAAAGGAUUUGAACUUUUUGAAUUCAAUUAUUCUGAAAAUUUUAUCAGUCUUACAUUUAAUAGAAAAACAUGAAGAUAGUCAAAAUAUUGUUAUCAAUAAUAUGACCUUGAUAAAUUUAUUUUUAAUCAAAUUGGGCCCCAUGUCUGAAGUUUGUUUAACUUCUUCAUUGUUAAUCUUUCAAGUUUUUUGUUCCUGUAUAGCAUUCAUAAUAAGAUAUCCAAUGGCCUCAUACUUCUAUGAUGUUAAGGUUAAAUAAAUCAAUAUGAAUAUUCAUGGGCGUACCCAGGU